GGCAGUGCUGGUACCGGGCUUUUCUCUAAUUCUCCAUGGCAGCAGCACAGGGUCCUGUGACCUGUGAGCCCGACACCCGCAUCCUUGGCACCUACCUCACCUUGGAGCCCGUUGGCGUUGUUGGCAGCAUGGGCAGUGUGGGCAGCCUGGUGGAGAAGCAGGAUCUGUCCCCCCUGGAGCUGCGGGCCCCGCUGGGGGGCUCGCGGGGGCUUCAAGUGCGGAAGGGGCCGAGCCAGCGGGAGCUCUUUGGCUACCUGCAUGGGGCCAAGAAGGAGAUGCGGUCAGAGCGGAAGCACCAGACGUCGGGUGCCUCCUACAAGCGGGACUACGAGAGCGACCGUGAGAACCGGUCCCCUGAGCGCUGCUCCCGUGAGCAUCACCGUGGGGCCGACUUCUCCAAGAGCUCCUUGCCCGAGAGGGGCCGCUUCGACAAGUGCCGUAUCAGGCCCUCAGCCUUCAAGGCGGUGGCCGGGAAGGGGCUGGUCUCCAUGCAGGGCCUGUCCUCAUCCAAGGGGCAGAAGCUGUCCAAGAGCAACGGGAGCCUGCACACGCUGCUGUCGCAAAGCAGCACGGCGGGCUACCAGCAUGGCCCGCUCCGCCACCCCCCGGUCCACCCCGGGGACCCCCUGGCCCCCGAGAAAGCACCCCUGUCCUGCAAAAGCAUGGCCACGCUGAGCCGGCUGCAGAGCCCUGGGGAGCCCCCACCGCCCUAUGAGUUCACCUACUCGCUGGAGGACGCGGUGAAGCAGCUGGAGGACCGGCUGCAGGAGACGGGAGGAGAGCUGCGGCAGCUCAAGAGGAGCCUUAGUGAAACUGAAGACCCCUUCACCCAGGUGUUUGAGGACAAGCAGCGGCUGUGGCUGGAUGAGCUGGAGGAUCUGAAGCAGAUGUACAUGGCCAGGCUGCAGCAGGUGACGCAGCAGGCACAGCGCGGGCAGCGGGCACUACAGCUGCAGCUCUACAAGGCGCAGCAGGAGAAGAAGCGGCUGCAGGAGGAGCUGAGCAUGCAGCAGUGCCAGUGCGAGGAGCCCAAGCUCCGGCAGACCCAGGGUGAGCGUGUCAGCCCCAAGCUGGAGGAGACCAAGUGGGAGGUGUGCCAGAAGGCAGCAGAGAUCUCCCUGCUGAAGCAGCAGCUCCGGGACACCCAGGAGGAGAUGGCUCAGAAGCUGGGUGAGAUCUUCAGCCUGAAGACACAGCUGCGGGAGGCCAAGGCAGAGGUCCAGGCCAGGGACUCCCAGCUGGCACAACUGGCAGACUCCUUCCAGAGCCCCCCGGAGCCCGGUGCCUCGCUGCCGCUCAGCGACGACCCCAUGCCGGCGUGCCAGGACUUCCCUGGCUGCGAAACUGAUGACUCCAAGUGCCGGGGCCUUCACAGCGACACAGCAGAGCCCCUCGAGCAGCAGGUGGAGUGGCUGUGGGCAGAGCUGUUGCGGGAGCGACGCCAGGGCCAGCUGCAGGCUGUGAACUUUGAGCUGGAGAGGAAAACCUGGCAGGAGGAGAAGGAGAAGGUGCUGCGGUACCAGCGGGAGCUCCAGGCCAGUUACAUGGAGAUGUACCACCGGAGCCAGGCGCUGGAGCGGGAGCUGCGGCAGCUGCGGUCGGAACCCAGGGAUGUCGGGGCCGACUCACCAUGGAUUGAGCGGGUGGAGUCCUCGAAGAUCUGA